GCAAUAGCAGCAGCUGCAGCAGAGAUGACUGAGUACAACGGUGAAAGUGGGAUCAGUGGACCCUCCGAUAGUUCUUCAGAAGCAUCCAAGCUUAGCUCAAAAAGUGCCAAAGACAGGAGAAAUAGAAGGAAGAAAAGAAGGCAGAGGGAGCUCUCUGGAGAAGAGGAUGACAUGAAGGAUGAAAAACUUCCAAAAUCUGAAUCAGAUGGCAGUAUCAGAAGGAAAGGUUUCCGUUUUUCUUUCGAAGGAAACAGACUUGCUUAUGGGAAGCCAUUCACAUCACCCCACCAGUCUUUACUGAGUGUUCGUGGCUCCCUGUUUUCUCCCAGACGUAGUAGCAGAACAAGUCUUUUCAGUUUUAGAGAAUAUGGAAGAGAGAUAGGAUCUGAAAAUGACUUUGCUGAUGAUGAGCACAGCACAUUUGAGGAUAAUGGGAGCAGAAGAGGUUCUGUCUUUCUGCCACGCAGACACGGUGAACGGCGCAGCAGUAACAUCAGUCAGACUAGCAGGUCAUCGAGAAGGCUGACAGUGUUUCCAGUGAAUGGGAAGAUGCACAGCACUGUGGAUUGCAAUGGAGUGGUUUCGUUAGUGGAUAGACCACCAAGUCUGUUGUCACCUACUGGACAGCUUCUGCCAGAGGUGAUAAUAGAUAAGCUGACCACUGAUGACAAUAGCACUACUACAGAAAUAGAAAUAAAAAAGAGGCGUGCAAGUUCAUAUCAAAUACCAAUGGAGUUGCUGGAGGAUCCCAAUUUAAGGCAAAGAGCUAUGAGUAUAGCUGGCAUUAUCACAAAUACAAUGGAAGAACUUGAAGAAUCCAGGCAAAAAUGUCCACCUUGUUGGUAUAAGUUUGCCCACACUUUCUUAAUUUGGGAUUGUUGGAAACCCUGGCUAAAAGUAAAGAGUGUAGUUGAAUUUGUUGUGAUGGAUCCACUUGUUGAUCUGGCUAUUACCAUUUGCAUAGUUUUAAACACACUGUUUAUGGCCAUGGAACAUUAUCCAAUGACCAGCAAUUUCAGUAAUGUACUUAAAAUAGGAAAUCAGGUUUUUACUGGAAUUUUUGCAGCAGAAAUGGUUCUCAAGAUAAUUGCCAUGCAUCCUUUUUAUUAUUUCCAAGUUGGCUGGAAUAUUUUCGAUAGUUUUAUAGUUACCCUUAGUUUGGUGGAGCUUUUUCUGUCAAACGUGGAAGGAUUAUCCGUUCUUCGAUCAUUCCGAUUGUUGAGAGUUUUCAAACUGGCAAAAUCUUGGCCAACCCUAAACAUGCUGAUAAAAAUUAUUGGUAACUCAGUGGGGGCUUUGGGAAAUCUGACACUGGUGCUGGCCAUCAUUGUGUUCAUUUUCGCUGUGGUUGGGAUGCAGCUGUUUGGGAAAAACUACAGUGACUGUGUCUGCAAGAUCUCUAAGAACUGUGAACUUCCACGCUGGCACAUGAAUGAUUUUUUUCACUCCUUUUUGAUCGUAUUCCGAGUGCUGUGUGGAGAAUGGAUAGAGACGAUGUGGGACUGCAUGCAGGUUGCAGGCCAACCCAUGUGCCUUACAGUCUUCAUGAUGGUCAUGGUGAUUGGAAACCUAGUGGUAUUGAACCUCUUUCUGGCCUUGCUGCUGAGUUCAUUUAGUUCAGACAGUCUUUCUCCUACAGAGGAUGAUAAUGAAAUGAACAACUUACAGGUUGCUGUUGCAAGAAUUCAGAAGGGAAUAGAUUAUGUGAAGAAAAAAGCAGGUGAAUGCAUCCAGAAGUCUUGUUGGGGAAAGCAAGCUGUUGUAAAUCAAAGAACAGCCACAGAUCAUUUGAAUGACGAGAGAGACCAUUGCAUUUCCAACUGUACCGUCACUGAAAUAAGGAUAGAUACUAAUUAUCUCAAAAAUGAGAAUGAAAUGGCCACUGUUAUAGGUGGCAGUGAUUAUACAUCAUUCAUAAACAACCCAAGCCUUACUGUUACAGUACCAAUAGCUGUUGGAGAAUCUGAUUUUGAACAUCUAAAUACAGAAGAGUUUAGCAGCGAAUCAGAUUUGGAAGAAAGCAAGGAGAAGCUAAAUUUUUCCAGCUCAUCAGAGGGAAGUACAGUUAAUUUAGCUCUCUUUGGAGAAGAAAAAGCUGAAACUGAACCAGAAAAAGCAUCCGAGCUACAGGCAUGUUUUACAGAAGGCUGUAUACGGAAGUUUAAAUGCUGUAAAGGCAGUAUGGAAAGCACAAAAGGAAGAAUCUGGUGGAACCUUAGAAAAACCUGCUACAAGAUAGUAGAACACAACUGGUUUGAAACAUUCAUUGUCUUCAUGAUUCUUCUCAGCAGUGGCACUCUGGCUUUUGAAGAUAUAUAUAUUGAACAGCGCAAGACUAUAAAAAUCAUACUGGACUAUGCAGAUAAAAUCUUCACUUACAUCUUUAUUCUCGAAAUGGUGCUAAAGUGGGUGGCCUAUGGUUUUCAGACUUAUUUCACUAAUGCUUGGUGCUGGCUGGACUUCCUGAUUGUUGAUGUCUCCUUGGUUAGCUUAGUAGCUACUGCCCUUGGUUUCUCAGAACUUGGUGCAAUUAAAUCCCUACGAACAUUAAGAGCUUUGAGACCUCUAAGAGCCUUGUCACGCUUUGAAGGCAUGAGGGUGGUUGUGAAUGCUCUUACUGGAGCCAUCCCAUCCAUUAUGAAUGUACUUCUGGUUUGUCUUACGUUCUGGCUAAUUUUCAGCAUCAUGGGAGUAAAUUUAUUUGCUGGCAAGUUCUAUCACUGUGUUAACACCACAACUGGUGAGCCAUUCCUACCAGAGGAAGUGAAUAAUGCAACUGAGUGUGCAAAUCUUAGGCUCGCUGGUAUGGAUGUUCGGUGGAAAAAUGUGAAAGUUAACUUUGAUAAUGUUGGAGCUGGUUAUCUUUCUCUGCUUCAAGUAGCAACAUUUAAAGGAUGGACGGACAUCAUGUAUGCUGCAGUUGAUUCUAGAGAAAUAAACCAACAGCCCAAGUAUGAGUACAGCCUGUACAUGUAUAUUUACUUUGUUGCCUUUAUCAUCUUUGGAUCAUUUUUCACACUAAACCUAUUCAUUGGUGUCAUCAUAGAUAACUUCAACCAACAAAAAAAGAAGCUUGGAGGUCAAGACAUUUUCAUGACAGAAGAACAAAAAAAAUACUACAAUGCAAUGAAGAAGCUGGGAUCCAAGAAACCGCAAAAACCUAUACCUAGACCAGCGAACAAGUUGCAAGGUCUGGUGUUUGAUAUUGUAACAAAGCAAGCAUUUGAUAUCACGGUUAUGGUUCUCAUCUGUCUUAAUAUGGUCACUAUGAUGAUAGAAACAGAUGACCAGGGGGAACUGAUGGAACGUAUUUUAUAUUGGAUUAACUUGGUCUUUGUUGUCCUUUUCACUGGAGAAUGUGUCUUCAAAAUGUUUUCACUCCGUUGUUAUUACUUCACCAUUGGCUGGAAUGUUUUUGAUUUUGUGGUCGUUAUUCUUUCAAUAGUAGGUAUGUUUCUAGCCAAGGUGAUUGAAGAGUACUUUGUGUCCCCCACUUUGUUCAGAGUCGUAAGACUUGCCAGAAUCGGUCGAAUCCUGCGUCUCAUUAAAGGCGCCAAGGGAAUCCGCACUCUGCUUUUUGCUCUGAUGAUGUCUCUUCCUGCUCUGUUCAACAUCGGUCUGCUGCUCUUCCUGGUCAUGUUUAUCUAUGCGAUAUUUGGCAUGUCCAACUUUGCCUACGUUAAGAGGGAAGCUGGGAUCGAUGACAUGUUCAACUUUGAAACGUUUGGCAACAGCAUGAUCUGCCUGUUUCAAAUCACCACAUCUGCUGGCUGGGAUGGUUUGCUGGCCCCAAUUCUUAACAGUGGGGAGCCGGACUGUGACCCCAACAAACCUCAUCCGGGGAGCUCUGUGAAAGGCGACUGCGGCAACCCUUCCGUUGGGAUUUUCUUCUUUGUCAGCUACAUCAUCAUAUCAUUUCUGGUAGUGGUGAACAUGUACAUUGCUGUGAUUUUGGAGAACUUCAGUGUUGCCACUGAAGAAAGCGCUGAACCCUUGAGCGAGGAUGACUUUGAGAUGUUCUAUGAGGUUUGGGAAAAAUAUGAUCCAGAUGCAACCCAAUUCAUAGAAUACAGCAAGUUGUCUGAUUUUGCAGCCUCCCUGGAUCCCCCUCUCAAUAUACCCAAACCAAACAAGGUCCAGCUUAUCGCAAUGGAUCUGCCCAUGGUAAGCGGUGACAGAAUUCACUGCCUUGACAUCUUGUUUGCUUUCACAAAGCGUGUUCUGGGGGAAAGUGAUGAGAUGGAUGCCCUCAGAAUACAGAUGGAGGAUCGGUUUAUGGCAGCCAAUCCUUCAAAAGUCUCCUAUGAACCAAUCACAACCACAUUAAAACGAAAACUGGAGGAAGUGUCUGCUACUAUCAUUCAGCGUGCUUAUAGACGUUAUCUUUUAAGACAGUCAGUAAAGAAGCUUUCGUUUAUGUAUCGGAAAGAUGGGGUUGAUCUGCUUAUCAGAAAAGAUACGAUUAUUGAUAAGCUAAGUGAAAACUCACCUCCAGAGAAAAUGGAUAUAUCUGCAUCCACCAUAUCUCCACCUUCUUAUGAUAGCGUAACAAGACCAGAAAAAGAAAAAUAUGAAGAUGACAAAUCAGAAAAAGAAGACAAGGGGAAAGACAGAAAAGGAAAUAAAAAGUAA